CAUUGCUAGGCAAAAUUUCGAUCAAAAAUCCAAAAAAGGCAGUUUCCCGCACGGUGAUCGGCUAUCAUCGUACAUUGGCGCUGGCAAGUUUCCGAGUUGGAGUCACCAUAUUGUCUGACCUGAGAACCAUUUCUUCCUUUCAACGCCGGCAGUGCUUGCUAAAAGCAUAACCGCACCGCUUGUGCUUCUCCAAUUAUACUCCGCCACCUCAGUACUGCGUCCCUCAUGGACUCCCUCACGGGAGCUCCGUCGCCCACCUCUACUGCUCCGUCCCGGUCGUCGCCAUUUCCCGGACGGGAAGACUGCUGGGGUGAGGACGCCACCUUCACUCUCAUCGAUGCUUGGGGCGAACAUCACCUCGAGCUCAAUCGAGGGAACCUCCGUCAGAAGCACUGGCAAGAGGUCGCCGACGCUGUUAACGCCAAUCACGGCCACGUCAAGAAGGCGCGCCGAACUGACGUCCAGUGCAAGAACCGCAUCGACACUCUGAAGAAGAAGUACAAGAUCGAGAAGAACAAGGUCAUCGAUUUCGACGGGAACUACACUAGCCCUUGGCCCUUCUUCGCCCGCCUUGACGCUCUAAUCGGCGAUACCUUUCCAGUUAAGAGACUUCCUCCGGCGAUUGACAGUGGCCGCCGUAGCUCCCCUCCCGCUAAGUCUCCGGCCUGGGUAAUCUCGCAUGUGCCGGUCGGCCCCCGAUCCGCCACUCAAAAACGGCCGGCGUUACCGGCCACGGCACCGGUGAGCAUGAAAGAUUCAUCUUUUCGCCGGAACUUCUCAGCUUUCGCAGCGGCAGCUGCAGCUGCGGCCGAAGCAGGGGAUGCAGGUAGUGACGAUUCGGAUGAAUCGAGGUCAAGUAGUGCCAGUGAAAGUAGGAAGAGAGGAAGAGAAAGAGAAAGAAAGAGGGAAAGCGAUAGAGAUUUAGAAUUCGGAUACAGAGAGCUGGCACAAGCAAUAGAGAGGUUCGGGGAGAUAUACGAGCGAGUAGAGGCGGCGAAGCAAAGGCAAAUGGUGGAGUUAGAGAAACAGAGGAUGCAAUUUGCUAAGGAUUUGGAGUACCAACGGAUGGAGCUUUUCAUGGAAACGCAGGUCCAGCUUCAAAAAAUCAAGCGCGCCAAGCGAUCUUCUCAGGCUGACAGUUGCUCAUAAUAAGCGGCGAUGGAGAAUCCUGCAGUGGGGAAAUACAUAGAAUUUAGCUUUGGAUAUGAAAAAUAUAGGUCCUCUUUUUUCGGAUGAAAGGAAUCUAGUCUAGGAAAUGUAUUUUUGGGUCAAGUUUGGAUGUAUCUAUUUACAUGGCACUUACCCUUGUGAAUUAAAGUUAGUGUCUUUUAUUACUGGUUGAGAAUUAGCGGAAGGUAUAGCGAACUAGAAGGCUGUCAAGGCCUGCUCAAAUGGAAAUCUUAUUUCUUAAAUUCAUAUCAAUUUUCAA